CAAUUCGUUCGUGUCACGUGGACUGGCUUUCAUCGGCACACGCACUUACAACGCGCCAGUGUGAUUAGAGUGCACCGGUAAAAAGUGCAAGCCUUCUACGAUCGCUGCAUCACUGAGUUGCAUUGCGAGCCCGCCGACCCCUUGACGAUGCAAGAAUGGUUGAAAAUAUCGCUGCUGCUAUGCACGUUCGGGUUCCUGAAAGAAAUCCGGCCCAGCGAACCGUUCAUCGUUAACUACCUCGAAGGACCAUGGCGCAAUUUCACGAUGAACCAGAUCGUCCAGGAAGCGUUUCCAAUCGGAACGUACUCGUACCUGGCCCAACUGGGAGUCAUCUUUCUGGUGACCGAUCUACUACGCUACAAACCGAUCAUCGUCGUGAACGGUGUUGCGGGAAUCAUCGUGUGGAGUAUGCUCACCUGGACCUCCACGCUGACCGGACUGAAGGUGCUGGAAUUGUUCUACGGCACAUACUGUGCGGCCGAGGUGGCUUACUUUAGCUACAUCUACGCCAAGGUCGACCGGGAGCACUUCCAGAAGGUGACCUCGCACACACGGGCCGCCAUCUACUCGGGACGCUUUUUCGCCGCCACUCUCGCGCAGCUACUCGUUUACUUCGAAGCGAUGGACUACCGGCAGCUCAACUACCUGUCCCUGGCGGCCCAAAUCAGUGCCACGCUGUGGGCACUGUUCCUGCCGGCGGUCAAAACUAGUAUGUACUUUCACCGGCGCCGUCCGCUCGCACCGACGGCCGACGACGGUGGUGCCAUGGGGACAAACGAUCAGCUAGCGGAGUGGCCUAAUGAGCAUUCUGCGGAAAAUGGUGACAAAACCAGCACCGGUAGCCGUCAGCCGACGAUCGCCGACGAUCGUUCCGACGAUGGUCGCGCCGUUCGCACCCGAACCCGCCAGCUGCGCGGAGCGUUCGUCCUGCUGUGGGUCCACUUUCGGACAUCCUUCACGAACCGUAGCGUGCUGCAGUGGAGCCUCUGGUACGCGCUGGCCAUGGCUGGCUACAUACAGAUCAUUGCCUACGUGCAAGCCCUCUGGCAGUCGAUUGACGAAAGCCAGCCGGCGAUCUGGAACGGGGCGGUCGAGGCUGCCCUCACCCUGCUCGGUGCGAUCGUAUCGCUGCUGGCCGGCUAUCUGCACGGUGGGUUCCUGCAACCCCGCACCAGUCUGUUCGCGCUAGCGCUCGUAUCGGUGGGCGCCGGUGGUGCGAUGCUGCUGGCCACCGAAACCGGCGAUCUCGUCGUGUCGUAUGUCGCGUACAUGGUCUUCGGAGUGCUGUAUGCGUUCGCCAUCACCGUCGUCAGUGCGGAAAUUGCGAAAAACAUUGCGGACGAUUGUUUCGGGCUCGUGUUUGGAUUCAACACGCUUGUGGCGCUCUCGCUGCAGACACUGCUUACGUUCGCGGUGACCGACGCCGACGGAUGGUUUGCGCUGGACGUGUUCGGACAGUUUACCGUCUUCAGCUACUAUUUCAUUGCACUCGGUGCCAUUUACGCCGCAUUCCUGAUCGCCGAGAUCGCCAUCGCGCUGGUGCGACGCUACAAGACGUAG